AUGCGCAUACCAAUAGGCUCGGCCCAGCCUGGUGCCACCUUCCAGCCGCAGACUUCAGGCGCUCGAACCGUUUUAGGUUCCAGCUUGAGAGUAGUGCAUUGUUCCAGUUCAACACCCUUUCAAGCAAGCACUGGUUCUCCGUCGCGACCCCGCACGAAUUACCUUCCACAUUUACGUUUACGAAGUGUUGAGCACAUGGUCAAUGCACUGGAAGCCGUUUAUGGGUUACGUACUACCGUUGAUGGGCUACAUGCCGCUUAUGCGCUACAUAUCUCUUUUGGACUGGAGGGAUGUCUUAUUCCCAUUCCCGUUUUAUUUUCACAAGGCAUUGAAGCCGGGUUUGCAGAGCCAAAUGGCCGGUAUCAAUUCCACAACCUCAAAAAUGCCAAUACUGCCGCACUUGAAAAGUCAGACGGCGUCCUCCCUUACGAUCUUCGCCGUCAGUGGUUAGACGUGGCAGGUGUUCUGCUCAAUGAGAUGUAUCUACGGACCGGAUCGAUCAAAGAUCUCAACGAGGCCAUUGAGCACGCAAUGUCCGCGAUGAACGGCGCCAUGACCGUUUUUUCAGACGAACAGAUGCACUCACUGCAAAUUUCCGAUAAGGAGGACAACGCUUGGGGCACCCAUACCGAGAUAGGAGCGCCAUCCUCCCUGCUAUCCAGGUUUCGAACCAAUCUCGCGAACUAUCUCGGGGACAGAUACCUCCGUCUCGGCAACAAGGACGAUAUCGACGAGGCUAUUGUUCUGAUGCGCGAAGUCAUCAAAAACACGGACACCUCCGACGACCUUCCAGGCCGUCAUAACAAUCUGGCCGCAUUGUUAGGUGAUCGAUGUUCCGGGGAAGGUGAUCGCGGGGACUUAGCGGAAGCAGUGCAACUGGCAACCCGUGCGCUUGGACAACACCCAGGCCGCCAUAGCGAGGAAGUGACCAGGUGUGCCAUGAACAACUUGGCAGCUCUGCUGGUGGACAAUGGUUGUACGACCUCCAACCGACAGCGCCAAGAAACCGAUGAAGCCAUUGAGUUACUGGAGGGUGCAAUCAACACAAGCCCAGAACCCUCCUCUACAAUCUUGCGCGUGUUCACCUUUUUAGGUUCCAUCGUCUCCGCGAUGGAAAAAGUCUUCGGCAGGCACAAGACCUGUUCUUCACCACCUUGA